UUCAGAGUAAAUUGGAGGUUUUCUCGUUUUUCAUCAUGAUGAUGAUCGGUUCGUCUCAAAGUUUUGUGACAUUUUCGCGACUUUAUUAUUAGAAAAAAUAUCCGACAAACGCCAAUGUUUAAUCGUUAAUUGAAAAGAACAAUAAUAACAUUCCAAUUGUAUUUAAAUCGCGAGUUCUAACCUCAAAAUAACAAUCCAAAUGACAAGGUGAAAAAGAAUUGAUUCGCGGGGUGCCGAAUUAAAUAAGUGUGUGUAAGUGUUGUGAGUGUAUAUUUUGAAGGGGGAAGAAGAGAAAAAUUUAGUUAGUGAAAGAUUGAUAAAAUCGAGAGUUUUGUAAAUUUUAAUUGUUUCUAAUAAAUGUUUGGAUGAAAACUGAAUGUGGAGUACGAUCUCACGCCUUUUGGGCAAUAAAGGAAAAAACGAAAAUACAAAUCUUGACCGUGUGGAUAAAAAGUUAAACGAAGCUGUCGAUGUUUUCGAUAAAAUGGAACGAAAUAAAGGAUUUGGUGAAUCGCCAGCUGGAGGAGGUGAUCCUGGACAUCUUUCAGAAUCCUAUGAAUCACGUCAGGCCAAACAACGUGCCUCCGUAAAAUGGCUCUUAUCGAAAGCGUACAGCAAUAAUGUCCCGAUUAAACUCCGGGAGCCAUAUUAUCGAGAUCAUGAGGAUCAAGAACACCUGAAACCGCAAAUUGUUCAAGCACUUUCCAAUGCGGAACUCUAUUGUAUGGCAUUGGCCAGCAUUUAUUCUGACCCGAAUUACAACAAUCAGAAUCAUUCGGGAAUUCUCCAGGCACUUGCCCGUAAGGGCGUUUUUGUUUCGGAGCCAAAUAACACCCAAAUCACUGAGACGAUCCUCAUACAAAAUUCGCCGCUCAAAAUGUCGGCGCACAUGGCUGUGAUAGAAGGACUAAUGAUACUCUACGCCAAGGAGGUGGUGAUGGGCGAGCAGGUGGUCUCGGCGAUAAGACGGUUCGACCCCCUGGCGAACGUGGAGGUGCCAGUGGACCACGAGAAGGGCCUGCUGCUCUGGAUCAGCCACGCGUCGCAGGCGCUCAUCGGGAAGAUACAGACGGAGGAGGACGGCGCCGGCGACAAGACGCGGCUGCCCGAGCUGCCGACGGCGAAGGACUUCCAGGCGUUGUGCGACGGCGUGGGCCUGGCCGCCGUCGUCGCACUCUACUGUCCCGGCGAACUCAACUGGAUGCAGAUCCGCGUCUCGAAGAGGCCGUCGGUCGCCGAUGCACUGCAUAAUUUGUCACUGGUGCACAGCUUCUGUUCUCGGUGCUUGCCUUAUGCGAUUUUUCAUAUGCAACCCGAGGACGUCACUUAUAUGCGAGGAUCAAUGAAACAAAAUCUGGUGGUUUUUCUCGCUGAUAUGUACAAUGCUUUGGAACUAAAUUCAGCCGAGUGUGUACGUUAUCCUGGUAAAGAAAGAGCUCAUCAAUUUGUAGAUGUUCCAAAACCAUUGACGACAAUGACAGUGAAGAAGUCACAAUCCUUGCAACAAACUGCCGAGAGUCAUUCCUUCCAAGACAGAAGAGGCGACGAAAGUUUUGUCGUGCAUCGAAUGAAGGGCGUGCCAACUUUGAGUUCGGUAGCCGAUGAGAAGAGUAUCGCGAGAGCAGAAGCCGCCGGUCGGCCUAGUAAUUGGGAAGAUCAACGACGAACUUCCUACGGAGGCAGACGCUCUAGGAGGAACAGCGUUUCCGACGAUUCUCAACUUACAAUUGAAAAUUUUGGCGGAUCACAGGACAACAUUCACAAUUUCGGCAGGAAUCCGGACAAGGAAAUGGGCGUUGUGACAAUGGGAAAGAGAAUAAUUGCCGAGCCAACAUUACCGGCGCGCUCCAGCGUUCAGGACGUCUAUGGAAGUGGAGUUCAAUUAAUUUUGUCCGACAAUGGUUACAACAAUGACGAACAACAACCAUUUUCACGUCUUCGUCGUCAUCCCUCAAAUACGAGUCUCGAUUCGGUUGCAUUGAAAAAUAGUCCAUCGCUGGUGCAACAUUCGAGUAGGGACAACAGUGAGAAAGUUAUUGAUAAUAAUGAGCCGACAAUGACGACAUUGGCGUCAGGCGUCACCGAUUCAAUGACAAAACUCGCGAGUUUUGCAAAUUUAAAUCGACAGAGUUCGGAGAAGGGCAUCAAUUUCAAUUACAUGGAACAGGAGCGCGAGCAGGAGGCGGCGGCGGCGGCAAUUGUCAAGUCGAAUAUCGCCAAUAAGAAGCAUGGGCAAACUAAUGGCAAUGGUUUUGCUGAGAAGAAGACGACUUUUGCGACUCUGCCGAAUACAACCACGUGGCAGCAGCAGAGCAGUCAGCAGAAUCAGCAGAGCGAGAGUCAUUCUGGUGACGAUCCGAGCAACAAUACAGUGAUGGCGUCGCAAUUAAAUAAUAUUAGACUGAAAUUGGAGGAGAAGAGGCGACACAUUGAAAAUGAAAAACGACGAAUGGAAAUUGUAAUGUCAAAGCAAAGGCAAAAAGUUGGAAAAGCUGCAUUUCUUCAAGCCGUCACUAAGGGUAAAGUAAAAUCACCCGCUUCAUCGGCUUCUGGAGGUGAUAGUCCUGUGGAUGUGGGUCCUCCCAAUCAAAUAAAUUCAUGUUCUGUCGGUGAAUCGCCAAUUAACGCCGAGGCAUCAUCGAUUCACCAACAAAUUACACAAGACAAGCCUCAACGUCCCUUCUCACUCAAGGAAAUUAGCGAAGAUGUCAGAGAUGUUGAGCACAAAUGGCUCGAGCAAGAUGGAAGUGCGCCUUUCGUGGAAACGCGACGCACUCCCGAUAUUGAGAAUAUGGAUCUUGAACAAUAUCAUCAGUCCAUUUCACAGAUGAACACCAGUUUAAGUGAAAUUCACUCGGACAUUCAGCGUCUCGCGAGUCAACAAAAUCAAAUUCAACAACAACAUUUAAUGACUCAACACCAACAACAAAUGCAACAGCAACUUCAACAAUUGCAAAGUUUCAGUCAACAGCAUUUACAGCAGGGUUACAGUGUACCGUCUCCAAAUUCAAUGACAGCGAGGAUUCAAGAUCCGCAACAGUCGCAAUUUUAUCUCCACGACCAGCCACAACAACUGCCAAGAAGAACAUGGGGUUCGCCAUUACCUGCUCAAAGUCUCGCCAAUGAAAUGGCCGCCGUUAGUUUUCAAUCGCCAGUCGAUCCUCGUUUUAAUACACAGUCAAUCGUUUAUCAACAAGAUCCGCGAAUAUAUCAGGACACAAGAUCGUGGGGUGUGCAUCACCUACCUCAACAAAAGGGCUUCGUCCUUCACGACGCUACCCAGGAGCAGCGCUAUCUCAAUGGCGGUGAUCAUAGUCUCUGCAAUAAUCAAAUAAGUCACACAGCUUCCGGUUAUCCGACGUCGUCGUCGUCCUCGUCGGUUUUCAAUCAAACGCCACCACCUUCUGCUAGUCCCCAGCAUCGAAACGCUGUCCAUCGAAUAAGUCAGUUGAUGAGCGAUACACCGGAAAUAAAAAGGCCGACAAUUCAUCAUGUUCCAAUUACCUGCGAGAGUCCCACGGAAAAACGGCAAAUUUCAUCGGUACACAGUUCCGUUCCUGCACCACCAGUCGACGAUAUGGAACCGCAAAAUAUUUCCUUUAUCGGCAAUGACGAGGACCUCUCGCAGGACAUAAGAAAGCACAUAACCUCAGGCAGUCGAACCUACAGGAUACCAUCGCCAAUGAGGCCUUCAAUAUCGCGGAAUUCCUUCCAGCCUCCGUCGUCACUGCGCGAAACAACGCCGCCGCCACAAACAACUUUGGUGCCCGAAGUGGCGCUGAACGAAAGCCGAGACGACAAUGCCGAGAAGGGCUUCUACAUUUCCUUCGACAAUGACGCGCCAAAGAAGCCGAAGCCAACGCUGCGGCAGAAGAAGGCGUCGCCGAAGAAGGAGCAGCGCACCAUGUCGCAGUACAGCGAGAAUGCACUCGACGAUUAUUCCUCGAAUUUUUUAUCGUCGCGCGCUGAGUCGCCGUCCGUCGAGAGGCACUUGAAGGAGAAUUUCCGCGAGGCCGAGAAGGAGAAGCAGCGAUUGGCGGCGGAGCGCGAGCACAUGCGACAGGAAAUGAGGGAUCGCGAAUUAAAGAGGGAAAUCGAUAAGGAGCAGAGGCAGAGGAAUCGCGAGGCGACCACGACUGGCGUUGGAUUGGUUAUUGGCAAUCAAUUGGCGAAUCCAGAUCCAAAUUCCCUCGACGAAAUGGAGAAGAAGAAGGAGAAAAUAAUGCUCCUCUCGUUGCAACGAAGACAACAGCAGGAGGAAUUGAAGGAGCGCAAAGAGACGGAAGCGCAGGCGAGACGCGAACAGGAGAAAUUCAAGGAGGAGGAGAGAGCGAGGAAAAAGGACGAGGAGAGGCAGAGAAGAGCGGCGAUUUUAGAACAAUAUAAAUUAAAGAAGGCUAUCGAAGAGGCAGAGAGAGAAGGCAAAGUCAUUGAUAAGGAGAUAUUGAAUGCAAUAAAACCGACGAAACGUAAUAAAGUGGCAACGAGUCGUCCGCGUCCAAAAACAAUUCACGUCGACGCUGGCGCUGAAUUGGAUUCCGGAGCAUUAACACCGAGUCGAGGGAAGAAGGGAUCUUCCUCAAAUCUCAGCACUGCGUCGCUGAUAUCGCCAACAAUGAGACGUGAUUAUUACCGAGGCUCGCAGGACAGUCUCACAGCCGCUCAUCUCGACGAUCGACGAUCUGGUCCACUUUAUCGUGGAGGCAGCCUCAGGGUAUCUUCCGUAGAUUCGCCAGACGAUGGUCGAGGAUCAUCGCCGAGUCGAAGUACCAAUCAAUUGGGACGUCGCGGUUCUUAUAAAACGUCUCGAGAUACGCAGGAGCCUCAGCAACAGGUUAGAGGCAGGCCUAAAUACCCGACUUACCAAAACUUUAAGGGGAGAAAGUCGAAUUCCUUGAUGAAUUUGUGCGAUACAGACAGUGGACUGGGUAGAGCGACGCCACCAAGAAGAGCGCCGAGUCCAGGGAUGGGUAGCAUGAGGCAUUUACCAUCGCCUUCCGGUCCUGGUUCACUUCCGCCUGGUCUCAUGACUAAACGAAGAGUCUUCGACGAUGGCAGUAGUGACAUCAGCAGUACUCCCAGUUCAAUGAUGGACUACAAUGGACCUCGUCUUUAUAAGCAACCGGCGACAAAAUCGAAUCGCAACAUAAUGUUGAAUGCAGUUGAGUAUUGUGUUUUUCCUGGUACUGUGAAUCGUGACGCCAAGAGACGUGUUCUUGAUGAAAUUGCAAGAUCGGAGAGUAAACAUUUUCUUAUUCUAUUCCGUGAUGCGGGAUGUCAAUUUCGUGCACUCUAUUCAUACUGCCCGGAUCGUGAUGAUAUCACGAAACUUUAUGGCACUGGACCCAAGCAGGUCAUCGAUAAAAUGUUCGACAGAUUUUUCAAAUACAAUUCUGGGGGAAAGUGUUUCUCGCAAGUUCACACGAAACAUCUGACUGUAACCAUAGACGCCUUUACGAUACACAACAGCCUUUGGCAAGGGAAAAAAGUGAAUCUGCCGAAUAAAAAAGACAUGGCCCUCGUCAUAUAGUUUUUAAGGUAAUUGUCAGAAAAACAAAAACAAAACUUUAACAAAAAGAAAAAAAAACGAAAAAAAAAUUGAAAAAAAAAUUUUGAGGAAAAAAAAUGAAAAAAAUACGCUACUGUGCCCUCUGUUGUUCAUAGUUACUAUUUUAAUACAGGCCCAUAUUAAAAUUAACUCCAAAGCGCCGUUUAUUAGUCAGUUUUUAUAUAAUAUUAAAACAAAAAAAAGAAGAAGAAGAAAGAAGAGAAAAACCAAACGGUGUUGACUUUCACUUUUCGAAAAAAGAAAAAAAAAAGAAAGAUAGGAAAAAAAGGCGCUUUAAUUUUAAGCUAUCGUUACCUCAAUUUUGUUACGUUUUCAAUUCUUUACUACUUAACUACUUCUUUUUAAUCUUCUCAUCAAUUUCAUCGUCAUUGUAUUUCUUAUUCUUACUAUUUUCAUUAUUGCAAUUUUUUUUUUUUUUAUUUUUUUUUUAUAUAA